AUGACGCUGGUAUUCUGCGAAGCAAACAAGCAGUGGAAGACUGAUGGUGGGGAGAAGGAUAAUGACAUUUUUGCAAACUGGACACAGCUACACACUCUUGUAAUCCUGGCUCUCAGGAAGCUGAGGCAGGAAGAUUAUGACUUUGACUUUGAGGCCUCGCCUUCUGUCCUCAUCACCCCACAGCGCGGUCAGAUUGUGACCCCACCACUGCAUUCAUCUGUUGGUGAAGGUGGAGCCCUUAUGAGCCAACCACUUUCCAAAAGCCCCGCCUCUGAACAUCUAAGUGAGGCUUUAUCUGUGGCUGCGGCCCCGGUUGAUGCGUUCAUUGUCAUCUAUGAGACCAUGAAUUCUCCCCUUCCACGGCUGGGCCAGGAGAGACCCCUGCGUGGGGUCCCAGGAGCUGGGCGCAGGCCCAGGCAGGGCACGGGUGUGAGGACCGGCGCCAGGGACGGGGAGUGGCUGCAAUUAAAUGUAAGGGAAUCUGAUGUAAGAGUUUGUGAUGAGUCCUCAUGUAAACAUGGAAGAGUCUGUGAAGGAGAUGGUGAUGGUUUGAAAUGUGCAUGUCAGUUUCAGUGCCCCGUGAAUUACAUUCCCGUCUGUGGAUCGAAUGUGGACACUUAUCAAAAUGAGUGCUUUCCUAGAACGGCAGCUUGUGAGCACCAGGAGGAGAUAACGGUAGCAGCACGAGGACCAUGCUGCUCUGAUAACGGCUCUGGAUCUGGAGAAGAAGCAGAAGAGGAAGGUUCAGGGGCAGAAGCUCACAGAAAACACUCCAAGUGUGGACCUCGCAAAUAUAAAGCCCAAUGUGAUGAAGACGCAGAAAAUGCUGGGUGUGUAUGUAAUACACACUGCAGCGGAUACAGCUUUAAUCCCGCGUGUGCUUCUGAUGGGAGCUCCUACGACAACCCCUGUUUUGUUCGAGAGGCAUGUUGUUUAAAGCAGGAACAAAUUGCCAUAAGGCACCUUGGUCACUGCACAGACACAGAGGGUACUAGUUUAUUGGGAAAGAAAGAUGAUGAACUACAAUAUCUACCAGAUGUGAAAGAUGCUAGUGAUCAAAGAGAAGAUGCUUAUAUUGGAAACCAUACGCCUUGCCCUGAAAACCUCAAUGGUCUCUGCAUCCAUGGGGAGUGUGAAUUCUUCUAUUCUACUCAGAAGGAUUCUUGUAGAUGGGAAUCUGGGUACACUGGACAGCACUGUGAAAAGACAGACUUUAGCAUUCUCUGUGUAGUGCCAAGUAGGCAGAAACUUACUCAUGUUCUUAUUGCAGCCAUUACUGGAGCUGUGCAGAUCGCCAUUAUAGUACCAAUUGUCAUGUGCAUAACAAGAAAAUGUCCCCCCAAAAAUAGAGAGCAAAACCUAGGUCAUUUUACUUCAGAUACAUCAUCUAGAAUGGUUUAA